CCACACCUCAACCUCCAGUGUGCACCAGGUCUGCUCAGUGGAUUCUUAGCGAAAUCCAUAGUUCUGCCAUAAUAAUUCAACAUAACUGUCGCCAAAAUAGUUUCUCUGUCAGGAAUGACCUGUACGAGCACGUCAUACUCAUCAGUUCUAAUUUCUAAUAUGGCCUCUGCUUCUACUCCAUACAGUUCUGCGCCUGCAUCCCCAACUCUUGCCCAUAUUCUUUUGUCACAACCACAUCACGGUCAGAUUUCUACGCCAGGAACCUGGGAUCUCAGGGAUGACAUUCGUAAAGCAUUCAAAAGCCCUGCACAUAGUGUCUUCCGAAAAGGAACCGUAAUUGGGUUCUCGAAACUCAGAAACCAAGCCAAGGGAAACGAUGAUAUGGAAUUUUUAGGCCAAGUUUCACGAUCAAUACUUGCAGCACAGCUGUGUGAAACAUCAUCGCCGUCAAGUUCUUGUGCUAAAACAUAUAUAAUCCACCCUGCAAAUCUCGAUAUAUUCUCUCCACAAAGGCUCCUUGAGUCUUUGUUAUCUGCAUCUCAACAGUCACCCUUGACGCGCGAUGAAGCAAUCUCACAUCUGGACUCUGUCCAAUUAUUCCCUGUCUUCGAUAUGGCUGCCGCUGUACAAGCGAUAAGUGAAGUCUCCGAUGCUCUGUGUAGGUAUAAAAAGGAAUGGAAAUCACAGCAGACUCGUCAGGUAGAAUCCACAGGUGAUAAUGACUGCCGCGUUUUCCUCGUCAUUGCCGGACUUGACACUCUUACCGAAGGAGUCGUCCGCGCUUCCUCCACAGUCAGAGGAACAGCCAUUCUGUCAAAUUUACUGCGGACUUUAACACAAUUGUCACGAAUGUACAGCUCUUAUCUUUCCGUGAUGCUUGUCAAUACUAGCGGGCUUGGAACGUUGACGUCCGACACGCACGCUGCCCCAGGUCAAUUGCAGCAAGGGAGAAAUCCGGGGAACAACCCGCAGACUUCUCGCGAGAACGGGAUUCACUCCAUAUUUCACGCAAGUGAGAAGUUGUUUCCUAGUCUUCUUAUGCGAACAUUGGAGCAGGGAAUCGAUGCUCAUCUUCUGUUAUCGACUGUCAAACCCGCACACGUGGUUGAAGUUAUUAAAGACAGGGUAGGCAACGGCGUUGGACGAUGGUGCAUCUGGGACAAACGAAUAAAUUGAGCACUGGUCCCGAAAAGUUACUUUUGUUUGGAGCUGCACUAUUAUAUAUCAAGCAGCCCAUUUAUUUGUAUAUAUUAUCAAAUCUUACGCCAGCCU